CGUGCUCCUAUCAAGUUAAAAUACAAUCCCAUCAUUAACUAUCAUAUCUCUUCUUGGUAAUCGGCCCGACUUGUCGCGAUGGCUUCUCACGGGGAUACUACUGAAUCGCAGUCCAUGAACGGGAGCUUAGCUGAGGGCCACCGCGCCUACAAGUCUUUCAAGAGGAAGUUUGCGAAGCUAAAGAUCAAAUUUGAACAAGCAAUGAAGGAAGGAAACUCGCUUGUCAAAGAGGAGUUAAGGAUUAUCGACCUUUCAAGGAGACUCAAGGAGCAAAAUGACCAACUACUUGAGCUCCUUUUGGAACUUAAUUCGAGUAUACGCAUCCCUCGACAUCUCCGAUACAGCCUCUCCAUUCCAGGAGAGCUGUUCUCCGAAGCUUGCCCCCCGGAACCCGGGACUCCACCAACACCCAGCUUUGAUGCCGCCACUGCUCGUCAAAAGCUCCGGGAAGCAAGAGUAAAAUUACUAGAAGGCAAAAUGUCGGCCGUCGCUUGUCGACUUUUGGAGGAAUCCAUCGCGCGAAGUGAUAAUUUCGCCCCAGCUCUGCAUUACUCGGAGUUGAUAAAAACGCCGCAUACUAUGCCAUCCAAUGGCAUUCAUUCAACCGUGGAUGGAGACCUCGAUUCUACUCUUGGUUUCCUGUCCCCGGAGCAUGAUAUGGAAUAUACGAAUAAGCUCGACUCGGGUUUGGGCUUUACCCGAACUGGGGACAGACCAUUGACCGCUGAGAGAGAAAGAGAAAUCAUCAUGCGGAAUCCCACAUCCAUGUAUAACUGGCUCCGCAAAAACGAUCCAAAUGCAUUCCAGGAUACGGAAUCGAUUGGCGCUUCGGAGAAGCCAUCAGCGCCUUCAAAAGCAGCGGCCACCCGCACAUCCAAACGGGCCGCAGCUCAAGCACCGAAAGAAGAGAAAAUAUUCGAGGACGAUAGCUUCAUGCUUGACUUGGAACCCGAGGUCUCAAAAGGUAGCAAUCGUACCAAGAGAAAGAGAGAUGAAGAUGGAGGAUACCGUCCAAAAGGCGGCAGCGGCCGCUCGAGGAAGAAGAAAGAAGAUGGCACCAAGAGGAAAAGACCAGCCGUUGCAUCAGCGAGCUGA